AUGAGUACAGAACCAGAAGUUAAGAGCACAACGCCCGAAAAGGGCGCAGAAAACGAGUCUGGAGAUGAAUACCUUUCGCAGGACGAGGAAGUGUUUGAUGGAAAUGACAUUGAAGACAAUGAAACGCGAGUGUAUGAGGAGUCUCUGGAUCUAGACAUCACUAACAGUGGGCGCCAGGUCUGGCUGGUUCGUCUCCCGAAGUUUCUGGCAGAAAAGUGGCGUCAUAAGUCGAAUUUGAACGGCCAAGAGUUGGGUAAAAUACGCAUCAAUAAAGAUAGCCAAACGAUUCAAAUGUUUUUGAAGCAGACCGAGGAAAACCAAGAAAUCCCGCACCAGUACGAUUUGGAGCUAACCAAGAAGUUGGUAGAAAACGAAUAUGUGUUCACAGAGCAGAAUUUAAAGAAAUAUCAACAGCGUGAGCGUGAGCUGGCAGCAGACCCUGAAAAACAGAAACAGGCCUUCAUGCGGAGGCAGGAGCGUGAGGAAGAGAUGCGGAAGAAACAGCAACAGCUCAAGAGGCGUAACAACAAGCGGCGAUUCCAAAAUCGUGUAAUGACAGACCGUGACGGACGUGACAGGUACAUCCCGUAUGUCAAAACCAUUCCCAAGAAAACGGCAAUUGCUGGUACUGUAUGUCACGAAUGCCAUGUCAUUCCGUCGAUGGCUGACCCGCACUAUCACAAGAUUGUUGAGCAACGUCGAGACAUUGUGCGUAACGUGCACAAACCAACUGUCACAGUCCUAGACCAAACGCCUGGUGUUACCAUGAGCCACGCCGGUAUGUCGAUGCGUUCAGACAACUCCAAGUUCUUGAAGGUCGGGCGUGAAAAGGCCAAGAACAACGCGCGCGCCAUCCGCAUGCCCAAGAAGGAACUAUUGGAUUUCUUGUUCAAGCUGUUUGAUGAAUACGAUUACUGGUCGCUUAAGGGGCUCAAGGAACGUACCAAACAGCCUGAGGUGUACUUGAAAGAGUGUUUGGACCAGGUGGCCAUCUUAGUCAAGAAGGGUCCUUACGCGCUCAAAUAUACGCUCAAAAACGAGUAUAAGCGACUUAAAGAGGCUGAGAGGGCCGCUCGUUUGGGUGAACUGGCCAAAGACGAUGAAAAUGGCAGCAAUGACGAAGAAAAUGGAGACGGUAGUAACAAUAACGAUGAUGACGACAACGGAGACCCAGAUGGCGAGGAUGAGAUUGAGAUGGAGGACAUCUUGUGA